UCCGCCCACUCCGCCUCCUUCUUAUUCUCUCGCCGCCGGCUCCCUCCAUCGCCGCCACCCUGCUCCUCCGCAGUCUCUGCCGCCACCCGUUCCCUCCGGCUCCGCUCCUCCUGCCCUCGGCGGUGGCGCCCUCAGCACCCAGGCUGUAUGAUCAGGCUACAGUCUUCAAUGAGUAACCAUAUUCCUCAGUUCUGUGGUGUUCUUGGUCACACAUUUAUGGAGUUUCUGAAGGGCAGUGGGGACUACUGCCAGGCACAGCACGGCCUCUAUGCAGACAAGUGAACUGUAGAAAUCGAUUACUACUCCACCAAGAAACCCCCAUAAGAGUGGUUACCAGGAUAAGAAGUAUUGAAUUGAAAUUGGCAGAACAUUUUUACAAAGGAGUUUAGACCUGGAUGGGGUAACCUUGGUGCACUGCCUUUCUUUUUGCCUCAGUAUUACUGGAUUGAAGAAUUGCUGCUUCUUAUUGAGAGGUUCAUUUCAUUUCCCAUUGCUCCCAACCUCAUACUUGUCAGCACUGGAAACUUUGAGUGGCUUUUUGUGAAGUAGACUUCAGUCUCUCCAUCACUUCUGCUAGUGUUUCUUUUAAAUAUCAUUGUCAUUCAUCUUCAUUAAGUUAACAUGGCUCGAAUGAACCGCCCAGCUCCUGUGGAAAUUACAUACAAGAAUAUGAGAUUUCUUAUCACUCAUAACCCAACCAAUGCAACCUUAAACAAGUUCAUAGAGGAACUUAAGAAGUACGGAGUUACUACAGUAGUAAGAGUCUGUGAAGCCACUUAUGACACUGCUCCUGUAGAAAAGGAAGGAAUUCAGGUUUUGGACUGGCCCUUUGAUGAUGGUGCCCCACCAUCUAUCCAGAUUGUUGAUGAUUGGCUAAACCUCCUGAAAGUUAAAUUCCGUGAAGAGCCUGGCUGUUGUAUUGCUGUACACUGUGUUGCUGGUCUUGGAAGAGCACCUGUACUAGUUGCCCUUGCACUCAUUGAAUGUGGAAUGAAGUAUGAGGAUGCAGUGCAGUUCAUAAGGCAGAAGCGCCGUGGAGCCUUUAACAGCAAACAGCUUCUCUAUUUGGAGAAAUAUCGUCCAAAAAUGCGCCUACGUUUUAAAGAUUCGAAUGGUCAUCGUAACAACUGUUGUAUUCAGUAAAAAAAAAACCAAGCUGCCUAUAUUGCUGCUUUGGAAGUAGAAGACUAAAACUAGAAUUGGGAAGGUUAUGUGGCAAAACGUACAUGUGUGUCUAACAUGAAGCUUCUGUAGGUGUAGGCCACAAUGUUGGCAGAAGAGCAUCUUUGUUUAGAUGAUGAUCUUUUUAGUGAACAAGAAAUGUACAUGGCCUUUAAAUGUCUUAUUUGUAAUUUGUAUCAUUAAACUAUCUGUAAUCAUGUAGCUCUUUUUUUUCAUUGAAGUCCCAAUAGUCAAGCCUACCAGAACAUAAGUAGAGAUUUCGGUGCCAAAAGCCCAGUGCACUGUUUCUGUAUACCACAGUAUAGUUUCAUAGUAACAGCAGUUACCUGGAGCUUUGCCCUUUUCUCAACUGUCAUUUAUGUGUGGAUACGGUUUCAUAGAAUAAUUACUAUGUUUGUCUCCCACAAUCACACUAGAAUGAGUAUCAGGAUUUGCGCACAGUUGAUGGACUUGGUUGUGUUUGGUGUCUAAACUUGUGUUAAUCCUUUUCAUUCAUACACAUGCACUUUUUCUUUCAUAAAACAAACAAACCUUCAUGCUGUACAGAAGCACACAAGUCUUUAAUGUCUCCAGACAAAACGCCUUACAGUUAAAUACUGGCACAUGAUGUGCAACUUUAGCAGAGAGCCUGUAAUAAGAUGGGAGGGAGCUAAUUAAUAUUUCUAGUAAAAUGUUGCCUUUUGUCUUGUGCAGGAAGUAUAGAAAACGCCCUUUACUUUAGUAAAUAUUUUUUUAAUGUAGAGAUGCUUUAUCGUAGCUGAAAAUUCUUAAUCAUAAAAUUUCUGAAGAUCUUGUAAUUUCUUUUAUCGUACUUAUUGGAAGUUGUUUACCAACUGUUGCUUUGUUGGAGUGAUUUUUGUUUUUUUUCCUUGAGUUUCUGUCAUAUAUAUGACAGUUCUCUGUAAUAUUUUGUAUGCCUUUUGAGCUGCGUAACUUAAUAUUUGGAUACUUGAUAAUUUGUUAUGUAAUUGAUAAAAUGGUGGUGUGUAUUAAUGUUCAACCAUAUAUUUAUACGUCUUGGGAAUGUGUGGUUAUAGUACUGUGGGAGAAAUAAUUUGCCAGUGUUCACCAGCUUGUAAAAUCUAGUGUGAGAGCUCAAACAUCUAAAUAAACUCAAAGCUGCAUUGCA